UGAGAACGAUGUGGUCGAAGAUCGUCUGAUAACAACACUUGAAGAAGAAGAAGAAGAAGAAGAACAAGGAAGACACCUCAUCGCCGUCGCCGGCUUCUCGCUCUUUUUCUUUAUCCGGCGACUAUAACACUCAUUUCCUCAAAUUCCUACUGGUAAUGAAAAUGGAUGGAUCAACUGGCAGAGCAGGUGGCAAUGUGGAUAUGUUUUUACCAAAUUACAAGCUGGGGAAAACACUUGGUAUUGGUUCCUUUGGGAAGGUCAAAAUUGCAGAGCAUGCGUUGACUGGUCACAAAGUUGCUAUUAAGAUUCUUAAUCGUCGGAAGAUUAAGAAUAUGGAAAUGGAAGAAAAAGUGAGAAGAGAAAUUAAAAUAUUGAGACUGUUUAUGCAUCCUCACAUUAUACGACUAUAUGAGGUCAUAGAAACCCAUUCAGACAUUUUUGUGGUAAUGGAGUAUGUUAAGUCUGGAGAACUCUUUGACUAUAUUGUGGAGAAAGGUCGGUUGCAGGAGGACGAAGCCCGUAACUUUUUUCAGCAGAUAAUUUCUGGCGUGGAGUACUGCCACAGAAAUAUGGUGGUUCAUAGAGAUCUUAAGCCAGAAAAUUUGCUUUUGGAUUCCAAAUGCAAUGUGAAGAUUGCUGAUUUUGGUCUGAGUAAUAUAAUGCGUGAUGGCCAUUUUCUGAAGACAAGUUGUGGAAGCCCAAACUAUGCUGCUCCAGAAGUUAUCUCUGGAAAAUUGUAUGCUGGGCCUGAAGUAGAUGUCUGGAGUUGUGGGGUUAUAUUGUAUGCUCUUCUUUGUGGCACACUUCCCUUUGACGAUGAAAACAUUCCCAACUUAUUUAAGAAAAUCAAGGGUGGGAUAUACACUCUGCCGAGUCAUUUAUCACCUGGGGCAAGGGACUUGAUCCCACGGUUGCUCAUUGUUGAUCCAAUGAAGCGAAUGUCCAUUCCUGAAAUUCGCCAGCAUCCAUGGUUCCAGGCUCAUCUUCCUCGUUAUUUAGCUGUGCCCCCUCCAGACACAAUGCAACAGGCGAAAAAGAUUGAUGAAGAAAUUCUUCAGGAGGUGAUUAAGAUGGGAUUUGACAGGAACCAUCUGAUUGAAUCUCUUCGCAACCGAGUACAAAAUGAGGCCACUGUUGCUUACUAUCUGCUAUUGGAUAAUCGAUUCCGCGUUUCCAGUGGUUAUCUCGGAGCCGAGUUUCAGGAAACAAUGGAUAGUGGUUACCGAAUGCAUCAGGGCGAGCCUGCUUCUUCUCCUGUUGGGCAUCGGCUUACAGGAUAUAUGGAUUAUCAGGGGGCAGGUCUGAGACCACAGUUCCCCGUUGAAAGAAAAUGGGCUCUUGGACUUCAGUCUCGAGCCCAUCCUCGUGAAAUAAUGACAGAAGUCCUAAAAGCCCUGCAAGAACUGCGAGUGUGCUGGAAAAAGAUUGGGCACUAUAACAUGAAAUGUAGGUGGAUUCCUGGAAUUUCUGGACACCACGAGGGCAUGAGCAACAAUGCUGUGCUUAAUAAUAAUUACUUUGGUGAUGAAUCCACUAUUAUCGAAACUGAUGGUGUAAUGAAGACACCCAAUGUGGUCAAGUUUGAAGUGCAGCUCUACAAAACUCGGGAGGAGAAGUAUCUUCUCGAUUUGCAGCGGGUUCAGGGACCACAGUUUCUCUUCUUAGAUCUUUGUGCUGCAUUCCUUGCCCAACUGCGUGUCCUAUGAUAAUAGGGAAGUAGCAAUGCCCAGACUACUGCUCAUUUCUUAGUUAGUGGAAAUUACUCUCACUCUUUGUGAAUAAAAAAAAAAGAAAAAAAAUGAAAAAUGAAAAAAAUUGCUAUGUAAAUAUUUAUCCAUCCUUUGGUGUCAGGGUUUUUUCCAAUAUUAUUACCUGAUUUUAUAUGGUAAUAGUUGUCGAACUGACUUUCGACGCUAGCACUUGGUUAAAUCACUUUCUCUCUCGCUUGGUCGGUCGGUCGGUCUGGGUUUUACACACACAUCUUUGGUGCUUUUCUGGUGUUUGUGGAAAUGAAUUUCCUUUAUACAGAAAUUGACAGCCUUUGAGAUUAUUUUAUGUUGUUAUGAUAACCAACCUUAGUUUCAAUUUUUAUUGCUCUCUUUGACUGUAUCAUGAUGUAUUUUGUUCAGUUGAUUAGCUUUUUCCAUAAAAGAAAUAUCUGGAUAUUAAUUAGAGUCUUAUAAUGUUCCAUAAUUAGGGUUUAUUAUUGUUCA